UGGUCUGACUUGCGUAGCCCUGAUGUCCUGCGGAGUCUACAUGCUAAUGAAGGCACAUCGUAGCGUCAAGAAACCGCACAUCAUCUUCAUACUCGCUGAUGACCUCGGCUGGGCCGACGUGAGCUUCCAUGGCUCCAGCCAGAUCCCGACGCCCAACAUAGAUGCCCUAGCAGCCGACGGUGUGGUUUUAAACAACUACUACGCGCAUCCUAUUUGUACGGCGUCCAGGGCGGCCCUCAUGACUGGACUGUACGCGACGCGACACGGUCUUCAGAACAGACCGAUCCAGCCGGGCGAACCUUUUGGCCUCGACCUCAAGUACACUCUAUUUCCGCAGCACCUGAAGAGCCUCGGGUACGAGACGCAUCUCAUUGGAAAGUGGCACCUUGGUUGCUAUCGCCACGAGUACACGCCCACUCGAAGGGGGUUCGACACCUUCUUUGGAUUGUACUACGGCCACGGAGACUACUACACGCACAUGCUGGAAUCGACGGAAGACGCGGCAAUCACAGGCCUAGACUUCUGGAACGGCACGGAGCCUGCCUGGGAAGCCAACGGCUUGUACAGCACCGACCUAUAUGCAGACAAAGCAGUGCAGCUCAUCGGAAAUCUCGACAAAUCGAAGCCGCAGUUCAUUUUCUUGAGUCACCAGGCGGUUCAUUCCGGAAACGACAACAAUCGACUGCAAGCUCCUGCAAAAAACGUCGAUAAGUUCCCGUACAUUGGAGAAUAUAACAGAACCAUCUAUGUUGGAAUGCUGGAUUAUCUGGACAUGGCCAUAGGGCGCACCUUUCGCGCUUUUGCUGAAGCCGGGAUGCUGGAGGACAGCGUUAUAGCAUUCAGCUCAGACAACGGCGGUGGGUACGAAGGCCAUCUAAGUUCUCGAGGCAUCAACUGGCCACUUCGCGGAGCAAAAUCCAGCCCGUGGGAAGGUGGCGAUAAGGUGGCCGCCUUCGUGUGGUCACAGCUGCUCCAAAAGAGGCGCUGGGUCUCCCACCGGCUCAUGCAUAUCACUGACUGGCUACCUACGCUCUAUGGACUAGCUGGUGGCUCUGUACACCAGCUGGGGAAUAUCGACGGCCAUGACAUGUGGGAAUCGCUCACAAAAGACGCGCCGUCGCCGCGCUCCGAGCUUGUGUACAACAUCGACCCUUUAUGGGGCUACGGAGCGAUUCGAAAAGACAACUUCAAGAUCGUCGUAGGCGCUUUUCCUCAGCAGCGCUUAGCGGUACCAGGGGGCGAGAGGCCGCAGCAAGACCUGGACGAACUUGUAGAACAAAGUUAUGCUGGUGAGACGCUCAAGACUUUCUACGGCUUGCUGAAACUGGAAUUUAUGCCGGACUGGCGGGUAAACGCAACGUUAACCUGCCCGGAAGAAUCGUUGUGUGACGACGAGCGACUUCAAUCACCAGAGCAUGUGUACCUUUUUGACUUAGAGGAGGACCCCUGCGAUUGCAACAACCUCGCUUACACCCAUAAAGAGCUACUGGAAUCACUGAACGGAACACUGGAAUUCUACAAGGCACAGACUGUGGCCCCUCUGAAUCUUGCCGUUGACCCCAAUUCACAUCCUGACUUGCACAAUGGAACUCGGGCACCUUGGUUAUAAUGGAACUACGGAAA